AUGUCGGCGUUUUCGAUAGUAAGCACCAGACGUUUUGACAAUCCUCUUGUAGGUAAACGUCCUUAGUUCACUUUCUGAUUUAUGAAGGAAAGGUCUGCAAAUUACGAGCACCGAAUAGGCAGUAGCAAAACUGGCAGCGAGGUGCUUUUGACCAUAUUACAGAAACACUCAUAGGAGCCUGAGUCCCUUAAGCACUUUUUCGUAAAUGUAAUCUCGUAGACUGGCUGUUUGGUCAAGACGAUUGUUAUUAUCAGCUGUGAACGAUGGGCUUGAAGUUUUUUGCGAUCCAUCUUAGUAAUUUGGAGAGCCUUGGUCGAAUACAUAUGACAUAAUUUGUGCUUUGAGUACAGACUCCUCUAGUAUUGUCUUUGGCAUGUGGUCUGUUACUGCUAAUUCUUUGUCUUCAUAUCACCGUCUUUUCGAUGCUAACACUCACAUCGCAUUGGCCUGUCAAGAACGCAAAAUCCAUGGGCUGGGUAGCAGUUAAAUACCUGUGCUUUCGCUGUGCCUUACUUCAUGUACUUGGGGGACACCCUUACCUGUUGUGACAGAUUUCAGCAGCUAUCCAUCAAAAAACCGUUGCGAAUUUGACCCAUCAUGAAUGUUUAUUUUAACUGUUCUCCUAUCAGGCAAGAUCUACAGAACGUCCGGCGCCGGAUCUUUUCCGCCUAAUUUUCUUGCUUGGCCAUUCUCUUGGACACGCUCACUUUUGUUCAGCGGUCCAACGCGAUAGGGGUUUGGCCCGUUUUUGUAAAAAAAUAAUCGUAGUUCGCUAUUUUAGCUGUCUUCCUGUCUAUUAGAUCUCUCUCGAGUUCCUUUAAAGUUCGAACGAUUGGGAGCGGCUUUGUUUCUCCUGUCCGCAGUUACGCUGGUUAGUUUUGUCCAUGCAUUCAAGUAACUGGCAUUCAGCCUUUGCUUGUGGGGCCUCUAUUCAGUGA